UCGGGCAUGCAACUGCUACAGAAAGGACUUCAGAGAGACAUUUCCUUGUAGGUUAGCUCAGCAAAGGGUUCUCAGUAAACAUGCUCAGACACAACUGCUCAUUAAAUAAUGCGCCAGUUAAACCUGUCAUUUUGGGUUUGCUCAUUCUGGAAACUAUACUGGGGCUGGCAGGAAACUUUUUUGCUUUGUGGAUCUUUACUUAUCGUUUAAAAACAUGGAAACCAUGUACUAUUUAUCUUUUUAAUCUGUCAGUUGCAGAUUUCUUCUUGAACAUUUGUUUACCAUUCCGUAUACAUUUCUUUCUUACAGAGAAGUGGAUAUUUAAAGAUCCUUUUUGCAGAAUAAACUUGUUUCUGCUGAACCUCAAUCGUGCAGGCAGUGUUGCUUUCCUCACAGCUGUGACGCUGGAUCGCUACUUGAGAGUCAUUCAUCCUCACCGCAGGUUUAGUCUGCUGUCAACAAAAUCGGCUAAAAAGGUUGUUUGCUUUACUUGGCUUUUGGUGUUGUCAGUAACUAUACACAUUCUGACAGAGCAAAAGAUAGGUGUGACAGAAUGUAAAACUUUUAAUACAAAUGGUAGUGCAACCUCGUCUGUUUGGCAGGAGAGCAUCUUUUUUGUUGAGCUCUUGUUCCCGUUUUUUAUAAAUGUUUUCUGUACUGUCUGCAUCAUUAAGAAACUGCGGGAUCUAAAUAUGGACAAACAACACAGAGUAAGAAAAGCAGUGCACCUGGUUGUUUCUGUUGUAGUAGUAUAUGCAGUCUGUUUUCUACCCAGUAUUCUGUCAAGAAUAGCAUUGUUGGUGCUGGAGAAAUCUGAGAACUGUAAAGGACUUCAAACUGCUGUGAAUGCAUUUGAUGUCUCGCUCACUAUUACUUACCUGAACAGUGCAAUGGAUCCAAUUGUAUACUGCUUUACCAGUCCGACCUUCAGGGCAGCCUAUCGAGAAGCUUUGAAUUCCAUAAAGCUACGAUUUAUUAAAGAAGAGACUCAGGGCAGUGAAACUUCCAAAGAUUCUGAUUCAUGAGACAAUGGUUGAUACUGUUUUCGGAAGUAGUAAUCAAAACACUAUAAAAUAUUUAGAAAUAAAACCAAACAACGAUGCAGCUCAAUUAAAAAAGAGAACUAUCAUGUCUUCCAGGAUUCCUGGUUCCAAGGAAAUAAGACUGAAAGAAACAGAAGUUAAGACAAUCACACCUACUUGCUUUUGUAAAGGAUAGCACUCUAAUCUGACACCAUAAUUUAAAAUCAGGUUCCAUGAUGCAUUUUAAUGUUGACUUUCUGACCAAGAUAUGACUAAAUAUAUGCAAGCAUUUAACAAACUAGUGAUGAAGAAAGUGUUAAACAAUCAUAGAUGAUUCUUGAGAUGAGUUAUCUUACCAUCUACUGAAUGUAUAUUUAGUUAUUUUGAGAGUGUGUAUGUGUGUG